GCCAGCGCGCCCAGCGGCUUCCGAGGCGGCCGUUGGCCGUGCCCGCGGCUUGGGUGGUUGUCUUGGAGAAGCAAGAUGGCGGCGACGGCGGCGACGGUGGUGGCCGAGGAGGACACGGAGCUGCGGGACCUGCUGGUGCAGACCCUGGAGAACAGCGGCGUCCUGAAUCGCAUCAAGGCGGAGCUCCGGGCAGCGGUGUUCUUAGCCCUGGAGGAGCAGGAAAAGGUAGAGAACAAAACUCCUUUAGUCAAUGAGAGCCUGAAAAAGUUUUUGAAUACGAAAGAUGGACGCUUAGUGGCUAGUCUUGUUGCAGAAUUUCUUCAGUUUUUUAACCUUGACUUUACCUUGGCUGUUUUUCACCCUGAAACCAGCACAGUAAGAUUCCAAGGUUUUGAAGGUCGAGAGAAUUUAGCCCGAGACUUAGGUAUCAUUGAAGCUGAAGGAACUGUGGGUGGACCCUUGCUAUUAGAAGUGAUUAGACGCUCUCAGCACAAAGAGAAAGGGAUUGCUGGUGGGGAGGGUGCCUUGGAGCUAUCUGAUGUACAUUCUCCAUCAAAGUCACCAGAAGGAAAAACAAACUCAAACACAAUCCCAAGUAAGGUGAGUCAGCGCUGACGGAAAGUCAUGUCUGCCCUGGGACUCCCAGGGCUCUGCUUUUUUGUAUCAAGUUUUGCUCUUCUUGUGACAAGUGCUCUGU